AUGUCGGAUAAAGUGAUCCUGUCCACAGCAGUCAUCAAAAUAAAGACGAAUUCAGGCGAUUUCGUCUUAGCCCGAGCUUUGCUGAACUCUGGGUCACAAAUUAAUUUUGUGACUGAGGAACUAGCUCAGCGGCUGCAUUUGCGUAGAGAAGACUCGUGCAUCAGCUUGCUUGGCAUUGGUGAAUCCAAUUCGCAAAUUAAGAAAAAGAUACACACUGUGGUGAAGUCGCGAGUUGGCUGCAAUGAAUACGCUAUCGAUUUAUGGAUCCUCAAAUCGAUCUCAGGUUAUCAGCCAGAUCACACUGUAAAUGUCAGUGGCUGGAAGAUACCUGACAAUAUUCAGCUAGCGGAUCCCUAUUUCUUCAAACCGCAGAAAAUUGAUCUUAUCGGCGCUGAAACAUUCUUUGACCUAUUGUGUGUUGGCCUAAUCAAGCAAGGUCCAGAGUGUCCAAUCCUCCAAAAGACAAGCCUUGGGUGGAUUGCCUCGGGGCGGUACACUCCUGGUGAAAAAUCUCACCAGAAGAUGACUGUCAAUCUGAGCUAUCAGGAAGAAAGUUUGAGCUCGAUUGACAAGACUUUGCUGAAGUUUUGGACUGUCGAAGAUGUGCGCUCUCCCUCCAAAGUCCUUUCCGCUGAACAACAAAGUUGUGAAGAUCAUUUCACAAAUAAUGUGAGAAGAUUGCCGUCUGGUCAUUUCAAAGUAAGACUGCCGUUCAAAUCAGAUUCGCACCAGCUUGGGUGCUCAUUUGAAGUUGCUAAACGGCGGUUUUUGUUGCUUGAAAAACGCUUAACUCGAGAUCCCGAAUUAAAGCGAAUGUACUUGGAAUUUAUGGAAGAAUAUGUAGAGAUGGGCCACAUGUCCGAAGUGAGUCACAUCCUUCCCAGUACACCACACUAUGUUAUUCCGCACCAAUGUGUAUUACGGCCCCAAAGCACUUCGACAAAGCUGAGGGUCGUAUUUGAUGCUUCGUGUCGCACUUCGACACAUAAGGCGUUGAAUGACAUUCUUAUGGUCGGGCCGACCAUUGAAGAAGAGCUGUUUUCGACUCUGCUUCGUUUUCGAUUGCAUAAAUACGCAUUAACGGCCGACAUCAAAAAGAUGCACCGCCAAGUUAUUGUGCACGAGGCAGAUAUAAACUAUCAGCUCAUGGAGAAAAGACCCAUCAGACUCGUUGAAAUUAUUAUUAUUAAAUACUGUAACAUAUGGCACUGCGCCAGCGCCAAUUUUGGCCAUACGGUGUAUGUCCAGCUGAGCGAGACUGCGAAAUUCUCGCACCCCAUGGCAGCUGAGGUUAUCAGGCAAGAUUUCUAA